ACCAAUUCUGAGGAUUGUAUUUCCCUACUAGUCCCACGCCUAUCCGGAAGAGAAACUGCAACGAAUUCGUGAGAAACUUUCUGAGAUCGACAUCAAGAAGCUACCGCAGGAGAUCAUCUGAGAUCACCACUUUUUCAUACUCAUAUUCAGGACAUAAGAUGUGGCCUAGCCAAGGUCCCCCUGGACAGAACCCGGCCUUCCCCCCUGCCUACAACCCCGCAUUCCCUGCUGGUCCAAACCCAGCACACCCCCAAGGCCAGAACCCCAUGUACGCGCCUGGCACAAACCCUGCCUAUCCCCCCGGUAUGGCUCCUGGUAUGAAUCCAGCCAUGCCUCCGGGAUCCGGUAUGGCUCCCGGUAUGGCUCCUGGUAUGAAUCCAGCCAUGCCUCCGGGAUCAAUGCCCUAUGGACAACACCCAGGAGGACAACACCCUUAUCCAGCUGGACCAGGUGUACCUGGUUACCCAGGAGUCCACCCAGGCCCCUACCCUGGUGGGGUCCACCCAGGUGGAGUUUACCCCGGGGGCAUGCAUCCAGGCAUGGCUGGGGGUGUGGCGGGAGUCGGGAUGGGGGUCGUUGGACACAAGGCGCAAAAGAAGAUGAUGAAGAAGGCGAAGAAGGCGAAGAAGGCCCACAAAGCCGAUAAACACCUGAAGCAUCAUGGAGGCCACAGGAAGCACUCUUCAAGCAGUAGUAGCAGCAGCAGCAGUGAUGAGGAGUAAAUGUCACCCAGUGAUGUCACCAACAACAUCCAACACAGUGUCAGAAAGACAUCUUGAAUUAAAAUAGAAGAAGAGGACAUUUUCCAUUUAAAGUUGCAAUGAGGUUAAGGAAUGUGUUGUGGUUGGGAUGGGGGACUAUUAUUAAGAAUGGAAGAAAAAAACAAAACAUUUUGAAUAUGAAUUUGUAUAACACUGUAACAAAAGUAUGUAUAAUUAACACAAUUAUGACUUCAUAGUCUUAACAUUUAGGGAUAGAGGCCAAUGAAUGUAUGCAUAUCCUCAUGACUAUGCACUAUCAUGUAUAAUAUUGUACCUUUACACUGAUGAGAAAUUAUAUUUCAAAUGGUUGAUAUAUUUCCAAAUAGAAAUAAUAUAUAGGAUAUAGCUGAACAAGUGAGAUGUGUGGAAUUUCCCCAGUAAAAAAUCAAAUAAAUAUUGAUUUUAAUACUGGAAUCA